AUGGCAAGUUGUGUGCGUCUGCGCUCCGUCCUCCCCAGCCUGAUGUCCAGUGUGGCUAUCUCCCAAAGCUCUGAGGUCCAGCCUUGUUUCGGCCACCCCUGGAUGCCAGGUAGCCAGCACUACAGAGCCUUCAGUACGCAUCCUAUCCUUUGCAGCAGUUCCUUGGGCAACAGCUCAGCUGCAGACAAGGUUUCGGUGCAUUUUGUUAACCAAGAUGGGGUCAAAAUCACCACUGCAGUCACAGAAGGUGAAUCCCUGCUGGAUGUUGUCAUCAAGAAGAACUUAGACAUAAGUGGUUUUGGGGCCUGUGAAGGGACUUUGGCCUGCUCCACUUGCCACCUUAUUCUGGACGAGAACAUUUAUGAGAAACUUGAUCCCAUGGUAGAUGAGGAGAUGGAUAUGCUGGACUUGGCUUACGGAAUAACUAAAACGUCUCGUCUCGGCUGUCAAGUGUGUGUGCAAAAAUGGAUGGACGGCAUGACAGUGCAAGUGCCACAGGAGAUCAAGGACAUGAGGAAUGCUGUGGGGUCAGCGGGGAGUCAGUGA